UACUAAGCUGUGUGUGUGCGCGUAUACAAAUUUUGUAACAAGACUUGGAACAUUUGUAAUCCGAUCCUGCAAGGUAAUGACACACAAGGAUCUUCUCAUAGCCAUCACAUAGUAAUCUUGAUCAAAAUCACCCCAUAAACAACAAUCAGAAUGGCAUCCGGACUAAGUGAAACAGAUCAGAAAGAACUACAAUCGUUCAUCGAAACAGAACAAGCAAAAGCUCGUGUUCAAUCAUCUAUUCAUAACUUCACAGACUUAUGCUGGGAUAAGUGCAUCACAGGCUCGAUCGGAUCUCGUUUCGGACGUGGAGAAGAAGCAUGCUUGUCAAAUUGCGUGGCUAGAUUCUUGGACUCUUCCAUGCUCAUCGUCAAAAAGCUAGAAGAACAAAGACAGCAGCUCUAGAACAACACCUAAAACAUGUAUAACAUACCAGCAAUCAUCAACUCACCGCUUUAAUUUGCAUCAUGCUUAUGGAAAAAAAUACUCGGCACAUUGAGAUUAUAUAGUAUGUCAUUGAUCUUGAAAGAAAUAAUACUGAGAUAUAUGCUAGAGAUGAUGUAUGAUAAAAACAAGAGUACGAAAACCUUCACGAUUUUAUGGCAAUUGCUUGCUUGAAAUCGGAGAAGCAAUGUUGGGAGGCAAAGCUAGAUCAGGUCUGACAUCCUUUGCCAAUCUUCCACCG